AUGAGCAGUUGCAUCCUCCUGAAAAAUAAAGAGGCAACAGAGGCUAAUGAAACGGAGAUGAGCAGUAGCAUCCUCCUGAAAAAUAAAGAGGCAACAGAGGCUAAUGAAACGGAGAUGAGCAGUAGCAUCCUCCUGAAAAAUAAAGAGGCAACAGAGGCUAAUGAAACGGAGAUGAGCAGUAGCAUCCUCCUGAAAAAUAAAGAGGCAACAGAGGCUAAUGAAACGCAGAUGAGCAGUUGCAUCCUCCUGAAAAAUAAAGAGGCAACAGAGGCUAAUGAAACGGAGAUGAGCAGUUGCAUUCUCCUGAAAAAUAAAGAGGCAACAGAGGCUAAUGAAACGGAGAUGAGCAGUUGCAUCCUCCUGAAAAAUAAAGAGGCAACAGAGGCUAAUGAAACGGAGAUGAGCAGUUGCAUCCUCCUGAAAAAUAAAGAGGCAACAGAGGCUAAUGAAACGGAGAUGAGCAGUAGCAUCCUCCUGAAAAAUAAAGAGGCAACAGAGGCUAAUGAAACGGAGAUGAGCAGUAGCAUCCUCCUGAAAAAUAAAGAGGCAACAGAGGCUAAUGAAACGGAGAUGAGCAGUAGCAUCCUCCUGAAAAAUAAAGAGGCAACAGAGGCUAAUGAAACGGAGAUGAGCAGUAGCAUCCUCCUGAAAAAUAAAGAGGCAACAGAGGCUAAUGAAACGGAGAUGAGCAGUAGCAUCCUCCUGAAAAAUAAAGAGGCAACAGAGGCUAAUGAAACGGAGAUGAGCAGUAGCAUCCUCCUGAAAAAUAAAGAGGCAACAGAGGCUAAUGAAACGGAGAUGAGCAGUAGCAUCCUCCUGAAAAAUAAAGAGGCAACAGAGGCUAAUGAAACGGAGAUGAGCAGUAGCAUCCUCCUGAAAAAUAAAGAGGCAACAGAGGCUAAUGAAACGGAGAUGAGCAGUAGCAUCCUCCUGAAAAAUAAAGAGGCAACAGAGGCUAAUGAAACGGAGAUGAGCAAAGCGACAAACGAUGUUAUAGCAGCCGCUGGCUCAGCUCGAGAGGGUGGUGAAGUCGCUAUUUUGAUUAAACGACCUCAUAGUAAAACGACGAGGCGUGAGGAGUUGAUGCGUGCCAUGAGCUCCUAUGAUAACGCCAUCUCCCUUUAUUAUAAUAGCAAGAAUAAUAAGGUUUCAUUGGAAAGUUUAAAUGGUAGUACUCUGAAGUCGGUGUCGUGGAGUGUGGGCACCGAUCCUCGUGGCGUACUUGUAUUUGUUGCGUCAUCCAAACGAGUAAAACUUUUUGUUGGAUGUAAAACUCUUCAUUGGCACGAUAUGCCAGAGAAGCACGACGUGCUAGAGUUAUUCUCACAACAAAAGCUAAAAUUGUAUCACGAAGAAAAUAUACCUGUUGAGGUAUAUGGGAAUGACCGUGCAGCAUUAGAUUCUAUAGGUUGCGACAUUCAUAAAGAUUCCAAUAAACCACCAACUCUAGUGUCAGUUGAUGAAACUGACGUUGAAGAGGUGAAAGAUUUUAUUGCGAGAGAUGCUAGAUGGAAAAGAGAGGAGGAAGAAGAGAUGCAAGGAGAUGAUUAUAGAACAAACUUUAUAGAUCCUAAUGGUGUUCUUCCUCAACCUUCACAGCCAACUACACAAAGGGGGGAUAUUCCGUCGACAGAUAUAGAAUCUUGUGAUGAUGAAGUGAUUCGUCAAUUAAAACUUCUGCGACAAACGAUAGAUAUACUGCGUCGAGAGAUGGCCGAUCAGAAGGGAAAUAUUGACAGUUUGAGAAAUCAGCUUCGUGCUUGCUGCAACAGAGUACCUUCUCCUCCCCCUGUUGAGCGUUGCUCUGGAUCUUCAUGCUAUCCUGGUGUGGAAUGUCGAAACACGGCAACGGGGUACCAAUGUGGUUCAUGUCCGCGUGGUAUGGAAGGCGACGGAAGACGUUGUAGACCGAUACUAUGUAAUAGAAGACCUUGCUCCCAAGUGGAAUACUGCGUGGACUCCGAACAAGGUUACCGUUGUGAGAGAUGUCCGGGUGGGCAGAGCAGUGAUGGUCAGACUUGUCAUUCUGCUUGCAGUUCCAAUCCUUGCUUUGGUGGACGUGUGCAAUGUCAAGACUUACCGGGUGGUGGAUAUCGCUGUGGCCCUUGCCCCUCUGGUUUCCAUGGUAACGGCGAGGAGUGUCAAAGGAUUUCGUGUCGUCAUAUCUCUUGUUAUCAGGGCGUGGAAUGUCAAGAGACAUCAUCAGGUCCUCAGUGUGGGGCAUGUCCUAAUGGAUACAUGGGAGAUGGACAAAGAUGUCAGCACGUUUGCGACGCGAGAAAACCCUGUGGUGAAAGAAGAUGCACGCCUACUUCCUCUAGUCCAUUCUAUGAGUGCCAAGAAUGUUCUAGAGGAUACCAGUGGAAUGGAUACACGUGCGUGGAUAUCGACGAGUGUGAUUUAGUCCGUCCGUGCGAUGAUCUGGUGUCUUGCCGUAAUGAGGAGGGCGGCUUUACGUGUGGGCCGUGCCCGGCGGGGUACACGGGCAGCGCGGGCUGGCGCGGCGCGGGAGAUGAUCGCCGCCGCGAGCGCUGCAUCGACAUCGACGAGUGCGAGGACGGACGCACGAACUGUCCGCGGGGCCGCCUCUGCGUAAACACACCGGGCUCAUACACUUGCGUUCCUUGCGGCGGGAAUUAUUACGUGAACACUUCACGGCCUUGCCUUGAGCCGGACUCGCUAAUUCAGCGCUGCGAGCCGUCGCGUUGUCGCCGCUUCAAUGCCGUCUGCGGUUACGGACAGGAGUGCGUGUGUGCGACAGGGUGGGCUGGCAAUGGUACUGUCUGUGGGUCGGACAGGGACUUAGAUGGAUAUCCGGAUCACGCGCUUCCCUGUGACGAGAUACACUGCAAAGCUGACAACUGUCCAGAUGUUUCAAAUUCCGGACAGGAAGAUGCUGAUCGUGACGGUAUUGGUGACUCCUGCGAUCCAGAUGCCGAUGGAGAUGGCAUUCCUAAUAUUCCAGAUAAUUGCCCACUAGUAUCAAACCCGGACCAACUGGAUCGAGAUGAAGACCGUAGCGAUAAGAGAGGAGACGCGUGUGAUAACUGUCCGCGUCGGUAUAACCCCGGGCAAGAGGAUGCGGAUCGCGAUGGGCUGGGGGACGUCUGCGAUCCUGAUAUGGAUAACGAUGGUAUCCCGAACGAGCAGGACAACUGCCCGCGCGCGUACAACCCAGCGCAGGAGGACGCGGACGGCGACGCGGUGGGUGACGCGUGCGACAACUGCCCACGCGUGCGCAAUACACCGCAGGACGACGCUGACCGCGACGGAGUCGGUGACGCCUGCGACAGCGACGUCGACCGCGACCAAGACGGCAUUCAAGACGGUCUGGACAACUGUCCAAAUUUAGCCAACAGUGAUCAACUAGACGUAGAUAAUGAUGGAAAAGGUGAUGCUUGCGAUGAAGAUAUCGACGGAGAUGGAGUUCCUAAUUUGGAAGACAAUUGCCCUCUCGUACCAAACCCUAGUCAGCUUGACAGUAAUAAUGAUGGAAUUGGUGAUUUAUGCGACAACGAUUUCGACGGAGACAAUGUUACGAAUUCUUUAGAUAACUGCCCCAACAAUUCCAGAAUAUUCCGAACGGAUUUCAGAGAAUAUAUGACAGUCCGCUUGGACCCGGAGGGUGAGUCGCAACAGGAUCCUAACUGGGUGAUAGCUAAUGAUGGUGCGGAAAUUGUUCAAACCCUCAAUUCAGAUCCCGGACUUGCAGUGGGCUUCGAUAAAUUUGGAGGAGUCGACUUCGAGGGGACGCUGUUCGUUGAUUCACAGAUAGACGACGAUUACGUUGGUUUUAUAUUUGGAUAUCAGAACAACAAACGUUUCUACGUGGUGAUGUGGAAAAAGAACACACAGACAUACUGGCAAACAACGCCGUUCCGUGCGGUGGCUGAACCUGGUAUACAGCUCAAACUCGUUAACUCCAAGACUGGACCUGGCAAGACUUUGAGAAAUGCUUUGUGGAAUACUGAGUCUACGGCUGAUCAGGUGACUCUCCUGUGGAAAGAUCCACGCAACGUAGGCUGGCGCGAGAAAACCGCGUACCGUUGGCGUUUACUUCAUCGACCAAAGAUCGGCCUCAUUCGUCUCAAAGUGUACGAGAACAAUCGACUUGUUGCUGACUCGGGCAACGUCUACGACUUCACUCUGAAGGGUGGACGGCUUGGCGUCUUCUGCUUCUCUCAAGAAAUGAUCAUUUGGUCCAACCUGGUCUAUCGUUGCAAUGAUAAAAUUCCAUCAAAUAUCGUAUCGGAACUACCUACGCGGCUGCUGAGGAAAUUGGAGAUCGAUCACAACUUUGUUUACACAUAA